UUACCCGAGGUCAAGCAAGUUUGCUGAUAUCGUUGGCGUUCGUUGUCGAGUGUUGUACAAUAUACUACACCGUAUUCUGUGUGUGUUUAACGUCCAGUGUAUACAGAUGUACGAAAAACAGCCUCUCGGACCUGAGUGUCCACAGUCCGGGGACUAUCUGACUAUGUUGUCUACCAAAUCUCCGUACGAUGCAGUCAGCGGCAGCAACUACCCGACCUCUCUACCCAGCAUGAACAGCAUCGGGAACAUGGGUUCGAUGUCUACUAUGGCCAUGAGCAAUGUGAGUUACUCGCCCCCGGCCAUGGGAGGCAUGGGUACCAUGACACCCCCGGGGAUGACAAGUAUGGGGAUGGGCGCACCUAUGGGCAUGCCCGGGGGUAUGCACGCGGGAAUGAACUCAAUGAACUCGAUGAACGGGAUGUCGGGGAUGACCAGCAUGGGACAAAUGCCUAUGAACGGAAUGAGUGGCGCUAUGUCUCCAAUGCGGAUGGACACGUUUAAUAGGGCACAGGCUAUAAACCGGGCGAGAGACAAGACUUACAGACGGAGCUACACUCACGCCAAACCUCCAUAUUCCUACAUCUCACUAAUAACCAUGGCCAUCCAACAGUCGCCAAACAAAAUGAACACUCUCAGUGAAAUUUACCAGUUUAUCAUGGAUUUGUUUCCGUUUUACCGCCAGAAUCAGCAACGCUGGCAAAACUCUAUCCGACACAGUUUGUCCUUCAACGACUGUUUUGUGAAAGUUCCAAGGACCCCGGAUAGGCCUGGGAAGGGCAGCUACUGGACUCUACAUCCUGAUUCAGGAAAUAUGUUCGAAAAUGGAUGUUACCUCAGACGGCAAAAACGUUUCAAAUGUGUGAAAAAAGAAAUGAUUCGUCAGGCGUCCCGCCCCGGGGAAGACGGAAGUGAAGGCUCGAUGUCGCCCCGGGAUGAUCCCUGCUCGCCUCCUCCUCCGUCUCCCCCCGGGAAUGUGCCUGUGACCCUAACCGAGACGAAGCGGGAACCACUGCAGCCGAUCGAGCACACCCCUCCUCCACUUCCUCCUUCUCAACACCCGCAACAGGCGCAGCAGCCCCCUCAACCCCCGCCCGUGUCCCUGGGCCACGAGAUGCCGCCACACUCUAUGCGACACAUGCAGCAUGAUCCCAUCCACCAAGGAUAUCACCCCCAUCACAACCCCACCCACUCAUUCAACCACCCGUUCUCCAUAAACAGUUUAAUCACCGAUAACAAAAUGGACCUUAAAAUGUACGAAAUGCAGAGUGGUUAUGGAUACAACCCCAUGGGACUCCCGAUGAUGGGAGGCAAAGACUCUAUGGGGGUAGGGCCCAUGCAGCCCGCCCCUGACGGCUAUUACAAGACAUACGCACCCCAUUCAACGGCGGCAUUAUGACUAGAGCUAUGAAGAGACUGUUAUGACAAUGUUUUAUAAUUGAAGACAGGAACAAAUGCUACAUACCAAAGAUUUAAAUGUUUAAUUGUUCAGAAAUUAUUAUGGAGACUAUUUUGUUUGUAUUUGAACUCGCGAUGUGUAUGUGAUUGACAAGUGGUGAAAAUGUGUUCGAACCUAAAUCACGUUUUUUGUACUACGGAUCUCGCUCUCCUUGGAUGUGUGUGGACGCGCGACUGCUUGGGAGUAUUUUGGACCCGUUAUAGGGAUUGAAGGUUACGUGACUUUACCAAUAUUUUUCCCUGGGAGGUAUAACUAUAAUUUAGUGUUAAUUUAUUUCGUAUGAACAAAACUUCUAGUGUUGAACAUAUCUGUUAAAAUGGAUUUCUAGAGCGGUAAUCUGUAGCUUUCUCUAUUUUAAAUGUGAUCAGUCAGUCCGACAACUUAUGUGAGUAGUACAUCUGCAUGGCCGCUUUUCUACCUGAACUGUGAGCUCUUUAUCAUUCAAAUUUAUAUAUUAUGAUAUAUAUAUUUAAGAGUUAUUAUUUUUGCUGUUGUAGAUAAUGGUUCGUAAGAAUUAUACUAUUUUCCAGA